UUCAGAUCAAAACCGCACGGAUACAAAGUUCACAUCUGGGUCACGAGAAAUCCGGUGCUGGGUGAAUUCCUGUAAUACCUUCCUCAAUGCAUAAAAGCUGUUGUCAUUUCAUUUCUGUAUUGCAUUGAAACCUACGCGAAUCGCCAUCUCAGGUAGCUUUGUCCCUUGACAAUACAAGUGUAGCGUUUGUCCCUCGACAAUACGAGUGCAGUUAUUUGUUGGCGCAUUGCGAACCACAAUGGCAGCAUGGUCAUCAGUUCUGUUAGUCUUGUUUGCGGUACUCAUACUGGUCAUAACUUUUUGGCUGCUUGACCGCAUGUUUAUUGACAUCAAGGGUAAAUAUGUACUUAUUACUGGAUGUGACAGCGGGUUCGGAAACUUACUCGCUCGUCGCCUGGACAACCGUCGAGGAUGUCACGUGAUUGCUGCUUGCUUAACUGAAGCUGGGAGGACUGAGCUGGACAGUGUGACGUCAUCGAGGGUCACUACAAUUGUUAUGGACAUCAGAAGCAGCGAGAGCAUUCUCAUAGCACGUGAUCGUGUUUCGAGUAUCAUACCGAAGGGGAAAGGUCUAUGGGGAUUAGUCAACAACGCCGGGAUCAUAUCUGCGAUGGGUCUCCCCCACUGGCACUCAAGACAGGAAGUCAGUCACGUGAUGGAGGUCAAUCUCCUGGGCACCAUUGACGUCACCAAUACUUUCUUCCCAUUGGUCAGGGAGGCCAAGGGACGCGUGGUCAAUGUGUCUAGCGGGGUGGCGCUGUUCCCUUCGGCCGGGAGUUAUUACGCUGUAUCCAAGGCCGGGGUGGAGGCCUAUUCAGAUUAUGUAAGGGCAUCCUGUCAAAUAUCUGGUGUGUCAGUUCACAUUAUAGAGCCCGGAUCUUUCAAGAGUUCGUUCGUAAAUCCGCAAACAACCAAAGACUUACUGAGGAAGCUGUGGGACAGGCUUCCCGAGGAGGAACGCCAGGAUUUCGGUGGCGAGAUGGCCUAUAAAGCACUUGAGCUGACUUUGGCGGAAGCUCUGGAAAUGGCGUCUCCGAAGUUGCACCUUGUGACGGACGCUAUGGAGCACGCACUGUGUGGCAGGUUUCCAUGGCGACGCUACUUGCCCGGAUUGGAGGCGAAGCUCUUCUACAAAUUCUUCUCGCUCCUGCCGGCUUUUUUCACGGAUUUUGUAUUUGCCUUUGCGUUCAGUUUUCUAUUGAAACGGAACCUGAAAAGGGUCUCUAAAGCCACCUCUUAAUAUUAACACAAGCCUUAUAGAAUGCAUUGUGAAAAUGAACGAACGGUGAGAAAUGGAAUACAGCGACAGUUGGUUAUCUAGCGCCCUC